AUGUGCCAGCUACUAGCCAUUGCAGAUCAUACCAGAUUGGCAAAGCUUCAAAUUGUGGUGACUUUGUUGCCUAUAGAGGGCCGGGAAAUCCAUUUCUGUGAGAUCCUAGAAUCUGAGUGUGUGCUCUACACAGGAUGGACAGAACGAGUCUCUGGCAGUUCCAUUUAUCCAGAGGCAAAAGCGUGCCUGCCACUGGCGCUCUUGGGUUCCAACAAAGAACCUGUGUUGCCUAAGGAAACAGUGCCUUCUCUUACAAGGUACAAUCCUGGCUCCUCUGCCAUGAAGCAGAAUGUUCCUGGACAUGUGCUUCAGAGAUCUUCCUAUUUAACCAGGAUACAAAUUACAUUGUUAUGCAAUUCCUCUGCUGAGGCCCUGUAAAAGGAGUGAGUUAGGACAGAUACAGCAAGAUACUAGGACAGGUUUCCCCCAUUAUUCAGGCUGCACAACACAGAAGGAAACUUGGUUUCAACAGGAAGACCCAAUUCUUAACAUGCUUUUCUACCCACUUUUACCCAUACCUUUUCCAAAGUUGGUUCAAAUUGUGCAGAGAAACAAUAACAUUUUUAAAAAGGAUAAACUGGCUAGUUACAAGUAAAUGGCAUUUAAUUAAAACAAAGCUUACAAAUUCAUGAAAAAAAAAAAAGCUAUGUGAUUGUAAACUUCAGGGCAGCAUACAGUGCCACUGUCUUUUGCAGUUUUGAGUAUAUUUCAUUUGUACAUUGGAAGUAGGUAUUUGUCAUAUUAUUAACACUUACUCGACUUAAUUGUGCACUCAGCAUUUGGCAUCAGAAUAAUCUUGUGUAGUCACAGGGUUUUCAUUUUCUUUCUGUGUUUUUUAAGCAUGUUUCUGAGUGGUGGUUCACAUAAGCUUUCAAUUUUAAAUAACACAAUCCAUUUAUUUCACUAGGCGUCUUUAUUUGCUUUAAGUGAAGAAUCAGAGAUUGUCAUUGUGUUGUAAAUAAGUCUAACCUUUCUUUCCCUUUACCAAAAAAAAAAAAAAAAAACCUGUGGA